GUAUGUCGCAUUUCAAAAGAUGGCAACGCUGUAAUAUUAAGAUUUUACAAUUGCGCAAGCGCAAUUAAAAAUUGAUUAGUUUAACAGUUGAUACAACAGACGACGCAACAUUGGCAACUUUGUGAUAUAUUUCAAUUGCAUAUGGAAUAAUAAUAAUAUUGUAUAGUAAUAUUAAGCAAAUACACAAAAAUGCUGUAGACUUUGCAUAAUAAACUUCAUUGUAUAUGCCAACCGUUACGCGCUUUUAUUCGGGAAACAUAUGGAGAAAUUCAGCAGCGGCAACAGGAACGAUAUGGACAUGGAUGACAGACGGAGUAGUACCAGUAAUAGCAACAGUCAAGGUGUCAAUGUCAGCCAAUACGACCUUAUGCUCGGAGGGCAUAUGGAGACCUAUAACGUUGAGACCUCAGCUGUGCAUCGCAAGCUGCAGAGUAAAGUCGAAGCAUUGCGCAUAUUGCGCCAGGAGCUGGAACAGUUUCGUGUGGAGCGUGAUCAGUACAAAUUGAUGGCCGAAACACUUCAACUGCGAUACUCGGCCAUGAAGCGGAGCAGCGAACUCCUGGCUGUGAAUGGCAAUGGCUGUGGAGCGUUGAGCGAGAAUUCCAGCCUUGCGGCGCUGCUUCAUGAGACACGCGAGUUGAAUCUUAAGCUAAAUACCGAAGUGGAGGCACUGAAGCAACGGCUUGGCGAAAUUCAGGGCGACAUGGAAUUGCUGCGCGAAAGAGAAGCUAACAGCAAGUCCCGACUGCAGGCGAUGCUUUGUCAAAAUGCUGCGCACAACAAGGAGGAACUGCAAUGGAAACGGGAACGGGCCAAUUUCAUUUGCCAUCUGGAGAACAUAAAGAAGAAGAAUGCACAAUUGGCGUUCGAUCUCAAGGGGAUUAUUGAUGAAAAGGAGGAACUCAUUACGGAACGCGAUGCGUACAAGUGCAAGGCGCAUCGUUUAAACCACGAACUGUUGGUGGCAUUGAAAGCCAACAAAAUGCAUCCAAAACUGCUGGACAUUGAUGGCGUGCUGCUGGAAAACAAGUACCUACAUGAACGUGUUAAGAUUCAGGAGAGCGAAUUAGAGCUUACCAAACAGUCGGCUAGCAAGUAUAAGACCAUGUUGGAGACAAAGCGAAAGAAGGGAAUCGUCAAGCUUGGCAGCAGCAGCAAUGAUGAAACGUUACUAAGUCCUAGACAAGUGAAAACAAUUCUGGAGAGCGGCAUUGAUUUACCUGGUAAAACGGAGACUAUUCACGAUCUUAAGUCCUUGUGCUUGGCACUGCUCGACAAUUUGAAUGACAAGAAUUUAGCGCUGACACACCAAAAAAGAACUAAUAAAAUCCUUGCGACUAAAAUGGCCGAGCUGGAACAACGUUGGCAGCAGCUAUUAAGCAGUGAAUCGGAAAAUCCCACAGGCGACGAUGAGGAUGAAGAUUAUGGUUAUGCACCAUCGCAGUUGUUGCUUAAUGGCUACUGUGCGGCCAUGGUUGAUGACGUGGGAAUUCAGGAGCACCAUGGGGGCCAAGGAGCAACAGUAGCAGCAACGCCAACUACAUCAGAGGACGCACAUACAGUAGCAACCGAGCCAUAUGACAUGAAGAUCAUUGCCAAUGAUUGCAUUGGUGCUUUGCAGUCGGAUGACGGCAUGUCUUCGCUGUCAUCGGAGUCAGCCGACUCCUCCGUGUAUGGGAUUGAUGUACGACUGAAUGAUGUAGCCAUCAAUGCUUAUAAAUCCUCUUCGGCUACGACGGAUUCGGGUAAUUGUGGUUUUGGCUGCAAUGGUACACCAAGAGUUUCCAGUGCUGUCGCCAGGGAACGAAUGGAGGAUCUUCAAGACUUGCCGCCACAUUUGGCUGCUUUAGUGCAAAAGGCUCUUCACGAUCUGGAUAUGCGAGAUUAUGAGGCUAUGGUUACAAUAAGCGCUGAGAAUGCUGCAACCAUGUUGUAGUUGUACAACUUUGAGCUGAGUUAACUAGUUCAACAUUACUAAUUUAAACAUUACCAUUAAUAAUGAAUGUAUCACAAAUAUCGUUAUACAAUUGCGAGUUAUAAAUUAUCUAUUUAUAUAUAUUAUUACAAAAGUACAAUAAACGCAGCUCUGCUUGAGUCUUGAUGAGA